AUGCUGGUCAUGCGACUCGGUAUCAUCUCUGCUAUCACUCUCUUGGGCCUCACGCAGCCGACAGAUGCCGCAUCGAGUUCGACAGUGGGGACGUCGCUGAACGAUGUUCCACCCGUAAAACUUCAUGUCACCUUCAAGCGCAAGAGCAUGAAUCUCCACGGACACUCCGAGUUCGAUAUUUAUGCCACGCCCGUUGUGGCGGACAACGGCGCCAGUGUGCUCUACAACAGCUACGCGACGUUCAAUGACGACGACUCCGAGUUCACGUACACUCUCGUAGACGGAUCUGCCUAUCUGACUACGACGGACGCCUCGGACGUUGAAACAGUUCAAUGUCUCCCGUCCAACACGCUGCCGUUCGACGAGAUUCUACCUGCUCUCAACAUGGCCACAUCCAUUCCCAGUGCCUCCAUCGGUGGCAAAUCUGUCGACUGUGAGAGUGGAAAGCUAUUCAAAACGACAUUUGCGGGAUCCCACUACGCUAUUUGUGCGUCGGGUGAGGCUGGCUUCACGGCGUACAGUAGCGAUUUGGACAUUACUGUCGAGUAUCUCGACGGCCCCGUUAGCGUCUCGAAGCCAGAGUUGACGACGUCGUGUGAAGUUGUUCAAGAGGCCACAUCACUGACGCCUACAGCUCUCGCUUUGGCUACUGGCAGCAAGAUCCCGUCAGGUUCUACAAGACAGCUAAGGCAAGAGUCUCACAUGGCAAUGGAGGCUACAGAGUGUAAAGCAUGUCCAACUACUCCUCGUCCGUGCAUCUUCCUACACGGGUUGGGUAACCCCAACGACGUGGCGGAGUUGCAGGACACUCCGAAGCUAACGAGACGUAAGUUCGGUGACAUGCACGGCCACGCUCCUUGCUGUUCCGAGAUCAAGUAUGCUGUGAUGAAUACCAAGGAUGCUGGCUGGAGGAACGACACUCUACAGCACAAAUAUUGUGACUUCGCUCUCUCCAUGAGCAAAACCAGCGACGUCGCUACUGGGACCAUCGACAGGACAAUUAUCGUAACACAUUCGAUGGGUGGACUCGUUCUGGCUCACGCUCUCGCAACGGGGAAAUGCCGGUUCAGUGACACAACAUCGUGGGUGUCACUGAGUCCCCCGAUGACAGGCAGUAUGGCUGUGGACUAUCUCAUGGGUGCCUGUCAUAAUGGAACCAGCGGUAUUACCGAGAAGCUGUACGACUUAGUCGGCCAGUGUCCACUAAACACGGCGCGCAAAUCAACAAUUUAUCAGGGUGGAGAGUUCAGCUCUCCGUCCAUCGAUGCAGCUUACGUAGCUGCUCAAAAAGCGUAUCGUGAUAAUGUGGCAGCAGCAAUGUGCAGUGACAGCUAUGUCGGUCUUUUCUCGACGUACCAACCCAAAUGCAUCCUGGCUGGAACGGUGAUUCCUCACAAAUCCAAGAAAAACGACGCCCUCGUCGAGUUUAAUAGCUGUCUGGGCGGUCUUGACGAAAAUCUCUUUGGCAACCACUACUUGGAUACAUUCUACAGACCGCAGUUAAACCAUGCAGAUACGGCUUUUCUAAAUGGAGAUGGUCUACUCAAGAAUUCGCAGAAACCUAAAAAGUGGUUCGAGUGCCUGCAGUUGUAG